CGAUUAGUACACAAUUUCUACAUAGUCUCAGAGACCCAAACAUGAGCGAAGUUGUUUAAAUAGUAGUGUAAGCGUCAUGGAGGAUCAAGUUUUUGGAUCAACAGAUUCAAAGCCAGGCUGGUCAUGGUCCCCUUCAGAUCUGAAAGAAAACUCUUUCAGUUAAUUAUUUCUUUCGUGUUUUGGGUGAUCAGUUAGAUGAUAGAUCUGGACUUAGGUAACUUGCACAUGGUUGUAACCAUCGAUGGGAAUCGGAAAGUCAUAAGGAAAACUCUACUCAAUCUCAAAGCAAGAGAGGUCAAAUUUCUGGCAGAAAUGGCAGCAGUAAUUUUUGGCUGGCGUGGAUGAUGACAUGUGUGACACCCAAGAAAAAGGACAAUUUUUCACCGAAGAAACCGAGUUGGCAAAAUUUUUGUUCGAGAAAAUUGGUUUCAAUUUUCGCGGUAAAACAUUAACUCUGGGCUACUUCGAACUACAAUUUGUCAAAGUCAAAACACUUUAAUCUUCCCUCAGCGUGCGGACAUAUCAUACUCGCCGUCUUAGGAAGCACGUGUUCUGAAUCCUCCAACGUGGCAUGUCGUUUGGAGCGAGUAGCUUCAAUUUUAUCAGUCGAAAGAGUUGAGAUGGUAGCUUGGUAUUUCACCCAACUUGAUUUUCAACCAUAAAAGCAGAAGCAAGAGGAGGGGUUGCCACAUAAAAAAGGUUGCCUUUCCGGCUCUCUCCCUUGUCCCUGCAAAGAGGAUUGCUAUCUUUGCUUUGGAUGCUUCAGAAUUAGAGUUCGAGAAACCUUUCACGACAAAAGAGAAAAAUGGAGAGAUUGCCUGGUGAUAUCUGUCUCAAGAUUUUCUGUUUCUUGGAUCAUCAGAAUCUUGCAACUGCUCAACAAGUUUGCAGGAAGUGGAAGGUCUUGGCCUCGGACAACUUGCUGUGGUCUGAGCUAUUCGGACAGAGAUGGGGAAUUGAUCAAGCUGCGUUCUAUGCCCCUAAUCCUAUAGAUUCAAGAUCAUGGAAAGAUGUGUACGAGACACAAGACCGAUGUGAUCGAGUUGGGAUAGGGCUGAAGAUAAUCAGAGAAGGUGGUGACUACUUUCUUGUACAUCAAGGUGAAAUCCAACGGCACUUGGGUUCAAGGAGAAAACGGAAAGGGGUGAAAGAUGGUCCUUCGAGUUCAAAAACAGAGUUGAGGGUGGAAGAAGCUAUGAAGGUGGAGGAACCCAGUCGAGGGAUUCUUGACAAAAUCCUGUUUUUCCUAGGGGACUUGGAAGCAGCUUCUGCAGAUGCCAAACGUGGAAUGGUGCUGCUGUGAACAUCUUCAAGGCGUCGAAGGGCAAUAGUUUGAACUUCAAGUUUCUGUUUCUUUUCUUUUUUUCUUGUAUAUUUAUGUAGCAUUAUAAUGUUGUUGUAUUUAUAGCUAUGGUAAUGGAAGCGUCUCUUGUUUCAUCAUUCUUGUUGCUUUUAUUCAGCAGAUGCUUGGGUCAAACAGAAAUUAAAUAUGUUUAAUUGGAAAGUUGCAAUGCAACUUGUUUGGUUUUC